AGGCGCAGAGAAUUGGUUUGGCUGCCUUGGAUUUAAAGCGAUAGAAGCUGUUGGAGUGCUACACGACGGUCCCCGAUACCCUCCCCUCAAGUCCUUGGGGCCAUUUGGGUCCCCAGAACUGGGGAGAUGGUUUGCGGCGGAUUUGCCUGUUCCAAGAAUGCGCUGUGCGCUCUCAACGUGGUUUAUAUGCUUGUGGGCUUAUUGCUCAUUGGCGUGGCUGCCUGGGGCAAGGGCCUGGGUCUGGUGUCCAGUAUUCAUAUCAUUGGAGGAGUCAUUGCGGUGGGAGUCUUCCUUCUCCUGAUUGCAGUGGCUGGGCUCGUGGGUGCUGUUAACCACCACCAAGUGCUGCUCUUCUUUUACAUGAUCAUCCUCGGCCUGGUCUUCAUCUUCCAGUUCGGAAUCUCUUGCUCGUGUCUGGCUAUUAACCGAAAUAAACAGAUGGAUGUCAUCAAUGCAUCUUGGUGGGUCAUGAGCAACAGUACCCGGCAUGAAUUGGAGAGAAGUUUUGACUGCUGUGGCUUGUUCAACCUUACAACACCGUACCUACAUGAUACUUCCUGUGGCGCAAUGUGUAAAACCAGGAGUUCUACAUGCCAGAUGUGUGGAGAGAAGUUCCUCAAACAUUCAGACGAAGCCCUGAAAAUCCUAGGUGGUGUUGGCCUCUUCUUUAGCUUCACAGAGAUCCUCGGUGUUUGGCUGGCAAUGAGAUUCCGGAAUCAAAAAGACCCCCGAGCCAACCCCAGUGCCUUUCUAUGAUUUCUCAUCCUCCAGAUAGGGUCUCUGAAGCUUAGGCUGGUCUCCUACUUGCUAUGCAGCCAAGGAUGACCUUGAGUCCUGGAUUCCCCCUGCCACAGCUUCCUAGUGGUGGGAUUACGGGUCUGUCACCACUCAGCAAGUCUCUGGAUCUUUGGCUUGUUUUAAAGAACCUAACCCUACACUAACCCCGAUCAAGUGGUUGGUUAGACUUUUGUUUUCACAAAUUUUGAUGGGAAAGGAAAACUUACUCUCCCCAGGAGAAUAUAGAAGCAUAGAUGGAAGCUUGUCCUAACUGUCCCCCCACCCCCCUUAGACACCCUAGCCUGGCUCCAAGGACAAAUCAGAAAGUACCAGGGGAAACAACUUUCUUGGGGGGAGGGGGUGUCAGGGCUAUAUAUAGCCCAGGGCCUCACACAUACUAGGCAAGUGUUUCUACCACAGAACAGAAGACUUAUUAUCCAGGAGGGACCCAGAGUGAAGCAGUGACUUAAAACUAAAGCCGUUUUAACUGAAUGUUCAGAGAAAGGAUCGAAAGAUCUUGUCAGCCAAAUAGCUGGAUUGCCCGUCUAGGUCCUGUGUGACAGCCUAUAGAUGUUGUAGAGAACCCUCUUUCAAGUGGGCUCUCAAACCUCCCAAAGGCAAACCCAAUCAGAAAAACAUUAAAGGGGAAAAAAAAGACCGUA